AUGGACAUCGGUGGGGCGCUGCUGCGAGUGCUUGCAGGCGUACACGCCUACCUCCGCCACGGCUUUAGGACUACAGAUGGGUCUCACCGCCGGCUGCUACUCGCCCUCCGGAACCUGUGUUUACCACUUCGGGAUUCUUUGGAGCACCGUGCCCCGGGAGAAGCCACCGCUUUCUCAAUACUGAAUCAGGGAUUGCGGGCCGGGGACCUCAUGGUUGUGCUGGGCAGGUCGAACUGCGUCAGCUUCUCCAGGAUGACCUCCCCAGAUCGCAUCUCAGACGGCGCCAUGGAUGCCACCGUGCAGGCAGCCACGGGCUCGUCUUCUAAGUCCACUCUGCUACAUGGCUUCCUGGACUCUGCGCGUGGUGGCGUGUCGACGCGCAAAACCCUGACCUUCCAUCACCAUAUGCGCAUGUCCGUAUCUCAUCACCUCGCGGUCAUUGCACUCCCGAAGCUGCUGUUAUCCGACCACAACCUCCUGGUGGAACGAAAACGCUAUGCUGAGCGAUACCUCCCGCAGUCGCUUCCUAACGCUGAGGACAUCGUCCACACACUGCUGAGGUGCGCGGCGGACGCGAUCCUGGUCCGACUGCGGGGGCUCUUCUUGAUGUUCUUCUCAUGA